UCGAGGUUCUUGAAAAGUUCGUCACUGAAAAGCACUUCCAAAUUUUCCAAAUUUGUUUUUCGGUAUUUAUACCGUUAUUUUUAGUUUUCUGCUUUGUUGAUUCACUGAAAAAUAUUGUAGUGAAUCAUGUUUUACGGAAAAGUUUCUUUGUGUGUAUUCCAUGGGUUUUGUUUGAACUAUGAGUUUCUUAAAUAAUUACAAACGAAAUUUUUAAAUAUUUAGAUCAUAUUAAUGUAAAUAAAAUAAUUGACUCUUUAGUUUUCGUAUUGAAAUGUGAAGGUGUUAAGCUAUUUUGAAGUGUGAAGAUUUUUUUUUCGUUAUGAACUGGAAAAUAUGGAGUACGCUGGAUCCCUUAAUUAUUCUCAUCUCGGCGUGUUACGUCCUAACACAAAAAGAUUCUUGCGCACAAAGUGUACAAAGCAGGAAACUAAAUGAAGCAGCUCUGAGAAACGAUGAUCUUUCUAAAAUACACCCGUGCAAAAGAAUGUGCGAACUAAACGAACCUCCAAUGUUGUGCCAGUACGAUUUUGAAGUAGAUUGGUACAGAACUCUGACACCAGCGUGUCGCAACUGCCCUUACAACGUAAAAGACUGUUUUCUAAAAGACUGCGUUCCAGGAGAUGGCAUGAAAAGAGCUAUUGUUGUUGUUAAUAAGAAGUUACCAGGACCAUCCAUAGAGGUCUGUAAAAACGAUAUAAUAAUGGUAGACGUUAAGAACAACAUGUAUAGUGAACCUACGACGAUACAUUGGCACGGGCAACCUCAAAAGGAUUCUCCUUACAUGGAUGGUGUUCCGUAUAUUACUCAAUGUCCGAUUCAACCUUGUAAUUCGUUUAGGUAUACUUUUAAUGCUUCGCAAGCGGGAACUCAUUUUUGGCACUCUCAUAUUGGAAUGCAAAGAGUGGACGGUGUAUUUGGGCCACUAAUCGUUCGUGUACCAAAAGAAGAUGAUUUUCAUAGACAACUAUACGAUUACGAUCUGCCUGCACAUGUCAUGGUUGUUCACGAAUGGGAUUGGAUAGUGGGUGGUGACAUGUUGCUCGAACACCUUUACGCUGGAGGUACAGCCUCGCCACCGAGUUUGUUGGUCAACGGAUUGGGCAGAUUCAAACAAUUUUACAAAGGAGGUGAAACUAUUUCCGUGCCAGCCGCCAGGUUUAGAGUAGAAAAGGGUUACAGUUACAGAUUUAGGCUGAUUAACUCUGGAUCAUUGAACUGUCCAAUCGAAAUGACAAUAGACAACCACAUGAUUACCGUAAUUAGUUCGGAUGGAGUCGACAUAAAACCAAUACAAGCCACAUCACUUAUUUCAUAUGCAGGAGAACGAUUCGAUUUUGUUCUACACGCUACUAAGCCCAAAGAUCUUUAUUGGAUCAAAUUUAAAGGUCUUAUAAAUUGUAGCGAUAAGAAAGCAUUUCAAGUAGCAGUAUUAGAAUAUAACGGAUUGCAUGUACCGUCGAAUAGUUAUCCAGAUGGGACCAUUAACUAUUUUAAUGCUCACAAUGAAGGAAUCCAAGUGAAUCCAUUGAAUAAAGGCAUAGAAAGCGAUGAAUCCGUUGUACCGCUAACUAGAAUGCAGUCGGCUGAAGGAUGGGACGAAAGUCUCAGAGUGAUACCCGAUUUUCAAUAUUACGUCAGUUUCGAUCUAAACAACAUAGGCAACAAUGAAUUCGAGCCGCAGCCUUUUUCCAAAAGUGUCAAUGUUAAAAGCCAUAAAAAGAGAUUAUUCAUUCCACAAUUCAAUCGUAUAUCGUUGUCGAUGCCUAAAGUUGCCUUGUUACCUCAAAGAGAUGAAUUAACAGAAGACAUUUUUUGUAAUAAUGAAACUAUGCAAGAAGAAGAUUGCAGAACCGUUCAGUGCAAAUGCCUUCAUGGAAUAAAGAUUCCUUUGGGCGCGGUGGUCGAAAUAGUGUUCGUGGACGAAGGUGUCUCUUUCGAUAUAAAUCAUCCACUACACCUGCACGGUUAUCAUUUUAGAGUCGUAGCCAUGGAAAGGGUAGCCAAAAGUAUUACAGUCGAUGAAGUCAAAACUAAAGACGCAAACGGUCAAAUUUACAGAAAUCUCAUCGAUGCUCCAUUGAAGGACACUGUUACUGUACCGGAUGGAGGAUACACCAUAGUGAGAUUUCACGCUACAAGCCCAGGUUAUUGGAUGCUUCAUUGUCACAUAGAAGUCCAUUUGGCAUUGGGAAUGGCCAUGAUAUUGCAAGUAGGAGAAAAAUAUGAAAUGGCACCGGUUCCUAAGGAUUUACCAAAAUGUGGCGAUUACGUACCUGAUAUUAUGAGCAAUUUCGCACUGUUCGAAAAUAGUGGAAAAAUGAACAGGCACAAUUCAAUUUUAUAUGUCGGAAUGACAUUAUUUUUAUAUUUACAUUAUAUUAUAAUUUUAAUUAGGUGAAGCUUUUUUAGUAGGGUGCUUUAUUAAGUCGAAACAAAUUGUAUCCUAGUUACGUUCUUUUAUUUAUCUAUAUAAAAUUUUAUGUAAUUAAAUUAUAC